AUGAAGUUCCCUCUCCUCCUGUCUGCCUCUCUGGCUGCGGCCUUUGUCGUACCGGACGAGAAGAUCCUGGCGGCCUUGUCCGAGGAACCGAUUCCCAAUGCCUUUCAACUUCAGCAGCAGCAGCAUGAUGUCGACCAAGGCAGCUUCCCUCCGUCGUGGUAUGUGACCACCGUUGCGGACGGCAUUUGGAGAUUUGCGUCUCAGCUCCGACAUGAGGAGAAUCGCUGUCCCGAGGCAGAAUAUGAGUCCGAGGAUCCCCAAGAAGUCACAUCCCAUGAUGAAUAUGAGUAUGGAGGAAAUAUCGAUGCCUCCAUCGCCGAAGAUGUAAACCUUCAGGGUGACGAGACCGAAUUCCACCACCAUCACAGACCAAUAGACAGGAACCACCGUUUCUUGCAGAAGCUCAGGGAUGAAUUGAACGAUGUCUUGGGUCAUCGCAAGCAUCGUCCUCUUCCUCCUCCGCGUCGUCCCCCUCACCGUCCUCCUCCCCAGCGUCCUCCGUUCGACGAACCGGAAGAUGAUAUGCCACACGGGGGUCAUCAGCCAAACCAGACCAUCUACCAGUUCAUCUCCGAGAGUGAGCACACCCGCAUCUUUGCCAAGAUUAUCGAGGAAUUCGACGAGGUUGUCGAUUAUCUGAACAGCACCAAGGCCAACUACACCGUCUUUGUUCCCGUCGAUGCAGCGUUCCAAAAGUUCAAGCAUCAUCCCAAGCCUACCAAGGAAUUCGUCUUGAAAUGGCUUGAAUAUCAUGUGUCCCCAGGGCUGUACACCCGACGCACGUUCUUCUCCGCCCAGACGGUCCCGACUCUUCUGAAGGAGGAGAAUAACAGCUUCAACCCGCAGAGGAUCAGUACUCAAGUUGGACUCAAGGGUCUGACGCUGAACUUUCAUUCUCAUGUUAUCAGAUCAAACAUUUUCGCCACAAACGGGGUCAUCCAUGCUCUCGAUGACGUCCUUUUCCUGCCAUUCUCUGCAGUGGACACCAUCGAUAUUGUACCUUCGCUGCUCAGCACCCUGAAUCUGGGACUGGUGAAGACAGGUCUGGUUGAUUUCCUUGGGCCGGACACCCCUAAGUCUGGAGGGACUCUGUUUGCACCCACAAACCACGCCUUCGCCAAACUGGGCCCCAAGAUCAAUGGCUUCCUCUUCAGCCGGUUGGGCCAGAAGUAUCUCAAGGCUCUGCUCAAGUAUCAUAUUGUGGCCAACCGCACUCUGUUUUCGGACGCCUACUACGGACCCAAGAACGAAAGCGACUUCACUGUUGUUAACGGUCAGCAUGUUGAUCUCCCCACGCUGCUCCACGGUCAUCACCUGAGCGUUGAUAUCCGCCACUUCCAUCGAUUCGCGCACUUCGUCGUCAACAAGCACACGAGGGUUUCCGUAUCCAACGUGCCCGUCAAAGAGGGAGUCAUCCACCUGGUCUCGUCGGUGAUCAUCCCGCCGAGGAAGCGUGACUCUGAUAGCCAAGUUGUGGAAGACGACCUCGAAGACGACCUCCCGAUAGGUGCAGAAACCCACCAUGAGGAAGAAGAGGAGAUGACUGUCGAAGAGCUGAUCGAGAGGCUGCAGCCGUAUGUUGAAGAAGAGUAA